GCCUGCGAUUACCACCAGGACCUCUAUGAUGACUUUGAGUGGGUUCAUGUUAGUGCCCAGGAGCCCCAUUACCUGCCGCCAGAAAUGCCCCAAGGCUCCUAUAUGAUAGUGGACUCUUCAAUCCAUGACCCUGGAGAAAAAGCUCGACUUCAGCUGCCUACCAUGAAGGAGAAUGACACCCACUGCAUUGAUUUCAGCUACCUGUUAUACAGCCAGAAAGGGCUGAACCCUGGCACGCUGAACAUACUCGUUAGGGUGAACAAAGGACCUCUUGCUAAUCCAAUUUGGAAUGUGACUGGAUUCACGGGUAGAGACUGGCUUCGGGCUGAGCUAGCAGUGAGCACCUUUUGGCCUAAUGAAUAUCAGGUAAUAUUUGAAGCUGAAGUCUCAGGAGGGCGAAGUGGUUAUAUAGCCAUUGACGACAUCCAAGUACUGAGCUACCCUUGUGACAAAUCCCCUCAUUUCCUCCGCCUCGGGGAUGUGGAGGUCAACGCGGGGCAGAAUGCUACCUUUCAGUGCAUUGCUACAGGGAGAGACGCGGUGCAUAACAAGUUGUGGCUGCAGAGACGAAAUGGAGAAGAUAUACCUGUAGCCCAGACUAAGAACAUCAAUCACAGAAGAUUUGCUGCUUCCUUUAGAUUGCAAGAAGUGACAAAAGCCGACCAGGAUUUGUACCGGUGUGUCACCCAGUCAGAACGAGGUUCUGGUGUGUCCAAUUUUGCUCAACUUAUUGUGAGAGAACCACCAAGGCCCAUUGCUCCUCCCCAGCUGCUGGGCGUUGGGCCUACAUAUUUGCUGAUUCAACUGAAUGCCAACUCUAUCAUUGGCGAUGGGCCCAUUAUCCUGAAAGAAGUGGAAUAUCGGAUGACGUCAGGAUCCUGGACGGAAACCCAUGCAGUCAACGCUCCAACUUACAAGUUAUGGCAUUUAGAUCCAGACACGGAAUAUGAGAUCCGUGUCCUCCUUACAAGACCCGGGGAAGGUGGAACAGGACUGCCAGGACCUCCGCUAAUCACCAGAACCAAAUGUGCAGAACCUAUGCGGACGCCAAAGACUUUAAAGAUAGCCGAAAUCCAGGCAAGACGUAUUGCUGUGGACUGGGAAUCCUUAGGUUACAAUAUUACUCGUUGCCACACUUUUAAUGUCACUAUCUGCUACCAUUAUUUUCGUGGUCACAACGAGAGCAAGGCAGACUGCUUGGACAUGGAUCCCAAAGCCCCUCAGCAUGUUGUGGACCAUCUGCCGCCUUACACAAACGUCAGCCUCAAGAUGAUCCUGACCAAUCCGGAAGGAAGGAAGGAGAGUGAAGAGACAGUUAUUCAAACUGAUGAGGAUGUGCCCGGCCCUGUCCCGGCCAAAUCUCUCCAAGGAACAUCCUUUGAAAACAAGAUCUUCUUGAACUGGAAAGAACCUUUGGAUCCCAAUGGAAUCAUCACUCAAUAUGAGGUCAGCUACAGCAGCAUAAGAUCCUUCGAUCCUGCAGUGCCCGUGGCCGGCCCUCCCCAGACCGUGUCAAACCUGUGGAAUAGUACGCACCACGUCUUCAUGCAUCUCCACCCAGGAACCACCUACCAGUUCUUCAUCAGAGCCAGCACGGUCAAAGGCUUCGGGCCAGCCACGGCCAUCAACGUGACCACCAACAUCUCAGCUCCAACUUUACCUGACUAUGAAGGAAUUGAUGCCUCUCUUAAUGAAACUGCAACCACGAUAACCGUGUUGCUAAGACCAGCGCAAGCCAAGGGUGCUCCCAUCAGCGCUUAUCAGAUUGUUGUGGAGGAGCUGCACCCACACAGAACAAAGAGGGAAGCCGGGACCAUGGAAUGCUACCAGGUUCCUGUCACCUACCAGAGCUCCGUGAGCGGGGGCUCCCCGUACUACUUUGCCGCAGAGCUGCCCCCCGGGAAUCUCCCCGAGCCUGUCCCCUUCACCGUGGGGGACAACAGGACCUAUCAAGGCUUCUGGAACCCGCCCCUGGCUCCCCGCAAGGGCUACAACAUCUACUUCCAGGCCAUGAGCAGCGUCGAAAAGGAAACUAAAACCCAGUGUGUACGAAUUGCUACAAAAGCAGCAACAGAAGAACCAGAAGUGAUCCCAGAUCCGGCCAAGCAGACGGACAGAGUGGUGAAAAUUGCAGGAAUCAGUGCUGGGAUUCUGGUUUUCAUCCUCCUUCUCCUUGUGGUCAUAUUAGUUGUAAAAAAGAGCAAGCUUGCUAAGAAGCGCAAAGACGCCAUGGGGAACGCUCGCCAGGAGAUGACUCACAUGGUGAACGCCAUGGACCGAAGUUAUGCGGAUCAGAGCACACUACAUGCGGAAGACCCUCUGUCCAUCACCUUUAUGGACCAACAUAAUUUUAGCCCAAGAUAUGAAAACCACAGUGCUACACCAGAGUCCAGUCGCCUUCUUGAUGUGCCUCGCUACCUCUGCGAGGGGACGGAGUCCCCUUACCAGACAGGCCAGCUGCACCCGGCCAUCCGAGUGGCCGACUUACUGCAGCACAUCAACCUCAUGAAGACAUCGGACAGCUACGGAUUCAAAGAGGAGUAUGAGAGCUUCUUUGAAGGUCAGUCAGCAUCGUGGGAUGUAGCUAAAAAAGAUCAAAAUAGAGCAAAAAACCGAUAUGGAAACAUUAUAGCAUACGAUCACUCCAGAGUAAUUUUGCAACCUGUCGAGGAUGAUCCUUCUUCAGAUUACAUUAAUGCCAACUAUAUAGAUAUUUGGCUGUACAGGGAUGGCUACCAGAGACCAAGUCACUACAUUGCAACCCAAGGUCCCGUUCAUGAGACUGUCUAUGAUUUCUGGAGAAUGGUGUGGCAAGAACAGUCUGCCUGCAUUGUAAUGGUGACAAAUUUAGUGGAAGUGGGCCGGGUUAAGUGCUACAAAUAUUGGCCUGAUGAUACUGAAGUUUACGGUGACUUCAAAGUAACCUGUGUAGAAAUGGAACCACUUGCUGAAUAUGUAGUAAGGACAUUCACUCUAGAAAGGAGGGGAUACAACGAAAUCCGUGAAGUGAAGCAGUUCCACUUCACGGGCUGGCCGGACCACGGGGUGCCGUACCAUGCCACUGGCCUUCUUUCCUUCAUCCGGAGAGUCAAGUUAUCCAACCCUCCCAGCGCAGGCCCUAUCGUCGUGCACUGCAGUGCUGGUGCUGGAAGAACUGGCUGUUACAUUGUGAUUGAUAUCAUGCUGGACAUGGCAGAAAGAGAGGGUGUGGUUGACAUCUACAACUGUGUCAAAGCCUUACGAUCCCGGAGAAUCAAUAUGGUCCAGACAGAAGAGCAGUACAUUUUUAUUCAUGAUGCCAUUUUAGAAGCAUGCUUAUGUGGAGAAACUGCCAUACCUGUCUGCGAAUUUAAAGCUGCCUAUUUUGAUAUGAUCAGAAUAGAUUCCCAGACUAACUCUUCACAUCUCAAAGAUGAAUUCCAGACCCUGAAUUCAGUCACCCCUCGACUGCAAGCCGAAGACUGCAGUAUAGCCUGCCUGCCAAGGAACCAUGACAAGAACCGUUUCAUGGACAUGCUGCCACCUGACAGAUGUCUGCCUUUUUUAAUUACGAUUGAUGGGGAGAGCAGUAACUACAUCAAUGCUGCGCUUAUGGAUAGCUAUAGGCAACCAGCCGCUUUCAUCGUCACACAAUACCCGCUGCCAAACACUGUGAAAGACUUCUGGAGAUUAGUGUACGAUUAUGGCUGUACCUCCAUCGUGAUGUUAAAUGAAGUCGACUUGUCCCAGGGCUGCCCUCAAUACUGGCCAGAAGAAGGAAUGCUGCGCUAUGGCCCCAUCCAAGUGGAAUGCAUGUCAUGUUCAAUGGAUUGUGAUGUCAUCAACCGGAUUUUUAGGAUAUGCAACCUAACCAGACCACAGGAAGGUUAUCUGAUGGUGCAGCAGUUUCAGUACCUAGGGUGGGCUUCUCAUCGAGAAGUGCCGGGCUCCAAAAGGUCAUUUUUGAAACUGAUACUGCAAGUGGAGAAAUGGCAAGAGGAGUGUGAGGAAGGGGAAGGCCGGACGAUCAUCCACUGCCUAAAUGGUGGUGGGCGGAGUGGCAUGUUCUGUGCCAUUGGCAUUGUUGUUGAAAUGGUGAAACGACAGAAUGUAGUUGAUGUUUUCCAUGCUGUAAAGACGUUGCGGAACAGCAAGCCAAACAUGGUGGAGGCCCCGGAGCAGUACCGUUUCUGCUAUGAUGUAGCAUUGGAAUACCUGGAGUCGUCUUAGCUGGGUGAGGCUUGUCACAGCACAGUCACCCAGACCCCAGUUCAUCUGUUCAGCCAGCAGCAGAUGUCCCUGUCACACCUGUGCAGAAAGAUUUUAAUGUGGGGGGUGGGAAGCUUUUACAUUUGAGAGGUGAAAGUAUUUUUCUUAUGAAAUCGUGUAUCUUAAUAAAAAGGACUUGAUUUGUUUCUAUGACUGUAUGAAAGCACCAACAUUUAGUGCCACACAAAUUAUAUUUAAUGAGAUCCAGAUUCAAGUGGGAACCUGCAGUGUUUUGUUCAGUGAAUCCGCAGCCUUUUCUCUCCUGGUUUGAGUAGAGCAGCCACCACACCUUGCAUGGGCUCAUUUUUUCUCUGUGGCAGUUUUCUCACUGUUUAAAAUGAAAGCUGUUGACUCUUGAAAGGAAGAAGAAAAGAAAAGCUGUGCAAAUUCAUAGUCAACUUCAUUUUUUAUAUGUUCCAAGUGUAGCAGAUCUCUAUAUAAAUAUAUAAAUAUAUAUAACUGGCUUAUUUUCGUUUAAUGUGCAGUGAUGGCUGGAUCAUUAAAAGUUCUUUUUUUAGACAAUAACAUAAGCCAAAGACUCAAGUGUAAAUAUGUCUAUAUGGAGAAAGCACAUUAUAUUUAUUGGUUACUUACAUUCCUUUUUGAUGGCUAAAAUACUAUACCACACAGUCAUUUUUGUUUCUGAAGGAAGUUUUUUCUUUAGCUAAAAUCAAUUGUAAACGAUUUUUGUAGAUUAUUUUUUGUAUGUUUUAGUGUAAGUAGAGGAUAAACUUUUUAUUCAUAAACCAGGAAGCAACGUUCUUUAUAGUGAUUCUUUCGUGUACAUGCUUAUGAAUUUAAAAAUAUGUAAAACACCUUGGCAAUUGUCUUUUAAUAGAGGACCAAAUUCAAACGUGUUCCUGAACAAUACAUAGUUUUUCAGAAUUUCAGUAGGUACACGAUGGUUGGGUGGUCACCUCUGAGAAAUGCACACACUGAAAGGUCUUGCUGACGGCUCUCACAAUGGUAAACAUAGCCUUUAAACAUCCUUUAUAUUUUCAAGGAAUCAAUCUUUUCAGCCUGUGGUCAAGCACUGGCAGAGGAAACAAGAUGGCAACGUUUAUGCUUUCAGGGUCAAAUUUUAGCAAACUGUAAACUGUCAAGGUGAUAAAAUGUUUCUUUUGAUGUUUACAUGCACAAGCUUUGGGUUCUGAACAUAGCCAGUCUGAAGAAAUCAAUACUAGAUUCCUGUCGUGUGCAUUGUCCUGAGAUGCUCAAGUGAACCUUUCUAAAUGUGGUCUUGUUCCAUGCUCCGUGUCACAUUUGCAGCUUGCAGUUUUAUCCCCGUGUCCUCUUUCUAGAUUGCCAGUUCAUGACAUGGUGUGUCUAAAGAUUUAAUUAAUGUAAGAGUGAAAUAAAGUUUUUAUAAUUACAGCA